AUUUAUUCGAAAAAAAAAAAUUUGAUAGUAAAUAAAAUAAAAUAUAUAUUUAAAUGCUUGCACCAACCGCUCUCUCACGCAUCAACACAAACAGAAGACAAAAGUCGAGAUGCCACCGGAGACCAAAAUCGGCGUGGCUAGCAGCUUGGAGCCGUGGCUCGAGCUCAACGACAAAGUCGUUAUGGUAACCGGCGCGUCUUCCGGGCUGGGCCGCGGCUUCUGCUUGGACCUGGCCAAGGCCGGCUGCCGAAUUGUGGCCGCCGCCCGGCGAAUCGACCGCUUACAGUCACUCUGCGACGAGAUCAACGCCGGCUCAGUCGAGCCGAGAAGAGCCCAACCCAGAGCCGUCUCCGUCGAGCUCGACGUCACCGCGAGCGGGCCAGCCAUCGAGGCCUCUGUGAACAAGGCCUGGGAUGCCUUCGGAAAAAUCGACGCUUUGAUUAACAAUGCCGGCCUUAGAGGUAGCGUGCAUACCCCAUUGGAUUUGACAGAAGAUGAAUGGAACAAUAUAGUGAAGACUAAUAUGAGGGGUGUUUGGUUGGUCUCAAAGUUCGUUUGUACUCACAUGCGUGAUGCUCGACUGUGUGGGUCUGUCAUAAAUAUCUCCUCCAUCGCGGGUCUUAAUCGGGGGAAUUUACCAGGAAGCUUUGUUUAUGCUGCCUCUAAAGCUGCUGUUAACACAAUGACAAAGAUCAUGGCCAUGGAGCUCGGUAUAUACAAAAUAAGAGUCAACUCUAUAUCUCCCGGACUAUUCAAAUCAGAGAUAACACAAGAUCUGAUGGAAAAGGAUUGGCUCAAGAAAGUCGCUAUAAAAACUGUUCCUUUAAGAACUUUCGGCGAGUUUGAUCCUGCACUAACGUCAUUAGCACGAUAUUUGAUCCAUGACUCAUCUGAGUAUGUAUCGGGCAAUGUGUUGAUUGUGGAGGCAGGGGCUACAUUACCUGCUGUUUCGAUGUUGUCGGAAUCUGCCUACAAGCUCUCGAGGUUGAGGUCCGUCCAGCCCAGAAAAUAUUUUUCCAUUUUUGCCCUUUGUGGUGGUAUGGGAGGUGAAAGAGGCGAUGCUCGCAGUUGCCCGGAACAAUUUGGCAAGAGUAAUGGAAAAGAAGCAUCUUUAUUGAAAAGUGAGACAAAGCGGCCAUCCUUCAAUUUUUCGUUUGGUCGAGAACCUGAAUUAGUUGGAUUUGGCACUUUACGGGCAGUAACUCGUCAUUUCAGCUCCCAGCAUGAAGCAAUAGAUAUAAAACACAAGUUGAUGGGUUCUAUCCCUAAAUUCGUAAAGAUAGUCGAAGUUGGUCCACGAGAUGGGCUGCAAAAUGAGAAGGAAAUUGUACCAACUAAUGUGAAGGUGGACUUGAUAAAGAUGCUCGCAUCUUCUGGUUUGCCUGUAGUUGAAGCUACUAGUUUUGUCUCACCAAAAUGGGUACCUCAGCUAGCUGACAGUAAGGAUGUGAUGUUGGCCAUUCGGGACAUCGAGCAUUGUAGGUUUCCUGUUUUGACUCCGAACAUGAAAGGUUUUGAGGCUGCUUUGGCAUGUGGAGCAAAAGAAGUGGCUGUAUUUGCUGCAGCAUCUGAGUCAUUUUCCCGUUCAAACAUAAAUUGCAGCUUUGUAGAUAGUCUUGCUCGAUAUCGUGAAGUUGCACUUGCCGCUAAACAACACUCUAUUCCAGUUCGUGGAUAUAUAUCGUGUGUUGUGGGUUGUCCAGUUGAAGGGGCAGUGCCUCCUUCGAAAGUAGCAUAUGUUGCUGAAGAACUUUAUAAAAUGGGUUGUUCAGAAAUAUCUCUUGGUGAUACAAUUGGAGUCGGCACUCCUGGUACUGUGAUCCCAAUGCUUGAAGCUGUUCUUAAUGUUGUUCCAUUAGAGAAGCUUGCUGUACACUUUCACGACACUUACGGGCAAGCCCUUUCAAACAUUCUCUUAUCACUCCAGAUGGGUAUCAGCAUUGUGGAUUCCUCCAUAUCGGGCCUUGGUGGGUGCCCGUAUGCAAAAGGAGCUACUGGAAAUGUGGCCACUGAAGAUGUUGUCUACAUGCUUAAUGGGCUGGGCGUCCAAACAAAUGUGGAUCUUGGAAAACUUAUUUGGGCCGGCGAUUACAUUUCCAAGCAUUUGGGCCGGUCGUCUGGUUCGAAAGCUGCAACUGCAUUAAGAAGAAUCUUGGCUAAUGCCUCCAAGCUCUAAUAAUGCCUUUUAAUGGAUGAAAACAAAGAAAGAACUAAAACAAAGAAAAAUAAAAAGGUAUCUUUAUACAUCAUAAAACCAUGAACUGGAUAUUUAAUUCUGAUGAACAUUUUGGGACUUUGUGAAGUGACUUGAAUUCGAUCCAAGUAAAACUCAGUUGUGUAUGUGUGUGUAAAUUUUGAUUGUUUGUCUUAAGCUUUUUAUUUGUCCCUUUUCACUGAGGCUUGUUUUAAUCUUGAUGAUGUCAGCAUUUGUGCACAUAUGAGGCUUGCAUUGCAUUAAAUUAAUUAAAAUCAUCAUUUUUGCUAGUAAGUACUUU